AUGUCUCAUCCAACAAAACGCGUAAGAGUCGACACUGCAGCUGUGGCAACGGCUCAGUACUACAAUACAACUGGUACCGUGCCUUCGAGUUUUCAGCUUUCUGCUGACCUUUCUUACCUGAUCACAACGCAACCGAAUUGUACCGUUGCGGCUUUCGAAUUGCCUCAAGAAUGCACGGAAAGUGAGAUUUACGAUGCUUUUAUCCGUUGUGGACAAGUAAAAAGUGUGCAGAAGGUUUGUGGUGGCAGGGCGGCUCUAAUAGAAUUUCCUGAGAUAUCAACUCCCACUCGUUUGGUCCACUGGGCCAAGAUAAAUCCAUUCUUUAUUGGCGUUUACCGUGUCCGUUUGGAGUUUUCUUCGCAAACUAUAACCGCUCCGGCUAAUAUAAUGAAGCCUCAGCUUAACGAAAAUAGCAUGGCCAAAGAUACAACGCCAAACACUGUCCUCCACCUUGACAUCAGAAAUGCUGAAUAUCCCAUUACUGUGAAUGUGCUGAAGGCAAUAUGUUCACGUCAUGGUACACUGCAGAGAAUUUACAUAGGCAAGGUUAAUGUGGACAAAUCUUUGGAAGCACUUGUUGAAUUCGCUUCAAUUGAGGAAGCGACUAAAGCUCGUGAGCAUUUGGAUGGUGCUGAUAUAUAUUCUGGUUGUUGCAGUCUCUCUGUCAGUUUUUCUAAGAUGAAGAAGAUUCACGUUACAAAGAACGACAAUGAGCAGUGGGAUUUCACCGAAUCAAAGGAAGGUCUCCUUUCUAAUGUACCAUCUGGUCAGCGAACACUUUUGCCCAAUGCUACCAAUGGUCAUGGUGAGCAGCAGUCAACUCCCGCGGCUGCUGUUCAGCAACCUCCUCCUCCUCCUCCUUCCAGCGUUCCGCCUGUGCCGCCAGUUCCGCCAAUGGGUUAUCAGCAGCCCUACUAUGGCUAUUCCAUGCCGCCUGGUCAGUAUAUGCAACCUCCAGGGUACUAUCCUCCAAUGAUGCCUGGUCAGCCCAUGUCUAGUUACUCAAAUCCUGCGAUGCCGUACGGUAUGCAGCCGCCGAUGCCCUCGCCGUACUACCAACAACCCGGCUACCAAUACUAUCCGCAACAACAGCCACCGGCACAACAGCAAAUGCCACCGCAGAUGCCUGCAGCAACGGUGAGGACAGCGCCUCAGAUAAUGCCAACGCCACCACCUGUUCACCACGUAACUCCAGCUGGGAUUGGAGUGGGGCACUCAACCUCUAAUCUUAAUUCAACAUCCGUGGCGGCUGCAAGGAAUACCGACAUGUCAAUUUUCCAUGCAGAGAGGGGAGCAGUGCUGGUUGUGAGCAAUUUGCCGGAAGGUAUAAAUUGCGAUCACCUCUUUAACGUCAUCUGUCUUUAUGGUAAUAUUGCAAGAAUCAAAUUUCUCAAGAGUCGGCCAGGUUGCGCCAUCGUACAAAUGGGCUCCAAGGAAGCUGCUGAGCUUGUCUCGCAGCACCUGGAGGGGGCCACUAUCUUUGGACAGGUUAUCCAGUUUCAUCCAAGCGAGCAAAUUGAAGUUCAGGAACACGCUGGUUUGGGAACUCUGUCUGAUGGUUCACCGGUGAUGAAGAAUUACAUGACUGACUCGAACAAUAGGUUCAGGAACGCAGUGGUUGCAGCAAAGAGCCGCAUUUUAGCUCCAACCCGGACCUUGCAUUUCUUCAAUGCUCCCCUCAACUUUUCCCCAGAGGAUAUGUGCCACGUCUUCUCUGAUUGCGGUGUGAAAAGGCCUCCACGAAUAGUUGUUUUCACCGCUAAACCGGGUCAGAAAACAUCAUUGGGUCUCGCGGAAUGGGAUACGGUUGGGGAGUCGUUGGAUGCUCUGGCCUUGGCAAAUCACCGCCCAAUACACAUUGUGGGCUUCGCACAUCCAUUCCAUCUGAAACUGGCUUUUAGUCCCAAGCCUAUUUCUGACGACCGCGCAGGUCAGAGUAUGAUCAAUUAUCCGGCACCGCCGAUGCAAAUCAGUCGCGGUCCUCAGCUCAACACGCCGCGUGUUGUUACUGUGCCAGCUCCCAAUGCCGGCACUACAGCUGGUAAGGUGACAGAGCUCGGGUCCUCAUCACCACCGCCGUUUGACGUUAAAGCAGUUGAAGCCGAGGAAGCCGCUUAUCUGGAGAGUAACGGCGCUGUUAUUGCUGUUAACAAGAGGGAAAGAUCACCUACACCUCCAUCGGCGCCACAAACUUCGCCGUUGCCGUCUACUCACUCGCAUUCACCAAGUAUUGUUCACCAGCCACCAAAGACACCGGAAGAAGAAAAGGAGGAAGAAGAUAAGGAUGCGAAUGUUGAGACUCAUGAAGCAGGAGCAGCAGCUUUCAAUGAGGCGGAUGAGCUUCGUCAGGGGCAGGAAGGCAUUGCCUCCUCUUCGGAAUUGAGUGAAGAUGAAAACGUUGAUCACAGUAGAUUUCCCACCGGCUACUCCCCCGUCGGAGUCACCCAGUUCGGCGUCUUAUUCACCUAUUGGAGACGGGGAAAGCUGAAAGUGUGUGCAUCACUCUGGAAAAGCGGUUUGUCGAUAAUGUCCCAACAGGCUGAGAAUCGGUCUUAG